UAUUUAUGUGUGUGUGUGUGAGAGAGAGUGGUGUAGAGAAAGAGGGGAAUGGGGAGGAGGGCUUGCUGUGCCAAGGAAGGGGUGAAGAGAGGUGCAUGGACGAGCAAGGAGGACGACAUGUUGGCCUCCUAUGUCAAAGCCAACGGCGAAGGUAGAUGGAGGGAAGUUCCUCACAAAGCUGGCCUGCGGCGGUGCGGCAAGAGCUGCCGUCUGCGGUGGCUGAACUACCUCCGGCCCAACAUCAAGCGGGGAAACAUCGGCGACGAUGAGGAGGAGCUCAUCAUCAGGCUCCACGGCCUCCUCGGCAACAGGUGGUCCCUCAUCGCUGGCAGGCUCCCCGGCCGAACAGACAACGAAAUCAAGAACUACUGGAACAGCACCCUCGGGCGGAAGGCGCUCCCAGUUCUCGGUGCCUCUCGACCAGCCACCAGGACCGUCGUCGCCAUGCCGGAAACCCCUACCAGCUCCGGCUCAUCAACCGCGGCUCUGGCGUCGUCUAGCUCCAAGCCUCCUCCAGCGGCGCCGUCCUCGGCGGCCACUACCGUGUGGGCGCCCAAGGCCGUGCGGUGCACGGGCGGCCUCUUCUUCAGCAGGGACAUCACGCCGCCGUCCCCCGCGGUUCCGCAGACGCUAACCGGAGGAUCAGUAGACGGAGAUGACUGCAGUGGCAGCGGCAGCAGCUCGGCGACGUCGGAGUUCCCGGCCGAGCCGUUCGACUGGAUGGACGACGUGAGGGCCUUGGCGUCAUUUCUCGAGUCCGACGAGGACUGGGUAAAGUCCCUGCACAUGGCCCAGUAACACAACGCGCGCACGUGCACGUCUGUUUGUAAAGGCAAAACCGUAUCGUAUCACAAAUCAAUGUGUGAGCGCGCGCGUAUUGUGAUCGUGGAUACCUAGCUCCCGUACGUUGCGUC